CGUAUAUCCGCUCUCUUUCUCCGCCAUCUUAUGUCGCCUUUCCAUUGUUCAUUGAAGUUAGCAGGGGUGGCGGAGCUAUUUACUGCGCAUUAAAACAUUUCGGGGAUAUUGUUCAGUUGACAUCAGCAAAAUAGGGGGAAGGAGAAAGAAUCCAAGGUCAUCAUAGAAUACGUGACACACGUGGAUUUAUCGCUCAGGGUUCGAUCUCACACCUCGUCGGGAAAUAUGAUGGACGACGAACAACCCAAGACCCUGUAUGUGGGAAACCUGUCCCGGGAUGUGACCGAAGCCCUCAUCAUGCAGCUGUUCGGCCAGAUCGGACCCUGCAAGAGCUGUAAAAUGAUAGUAGAUACGGCAGGUAAUGACCCCUACUGCUUUGUGGAGUUCUACGAACACAGGCACGCUGCCGCGUCACUCGCAGCCAUGAACGGUCGUAAAAUAAUGGGUAAGGAGGUCAAAGUGAACUGGGCCACAACCCCUAGCAGCCAGAAGAAAGACACAAGCAAUCACUUCCACGUUUUCGUCGGAGACCUCAGUCCUGAAAUCACCACGGAUGACAUCAAAGCUGCCUUUGCCCCCUUUGGGAGGAUAUCUGAUGCCCGGGUGGUGAAAGACAUGGCUACUGGCAAAUCUAAAGGCUAUGGCUUUGUGUCCUUCUUCAACAAAUGGGAUGCAGAGAAUGCCAUCCAACAGAUGGGAGGUCAGUGGUUGGGAGGACGGCAGAUCAGGACCAACUGGGCCACCAGGAAGCCCCCUGCGCCCAAAGCCACCUACGAGACGAACACAAAGCACCUGUCGUUUGAGGAGGUAGUGAACCAGUCCAGCCCCAGCAACUGUACCGUCUACUGUGGAGGAGUCACUGCAGGGCUUACAGAACAACUGAUGAGGCAGACCUUCACCCCCUUCGGUCAGAUCAUGGAGAUCAGAGUUUUCCCAGACAAAGGCUACUCGUUUGUGAGGUUCAACUCCCACGAGGGAGCGGCCCACGCCAUAGUGUCAGUGAACGGGACGUCCAUAGAGGGUCACGUGGUGAAGUGUUACUGGGGGAAGGAGACAACAGACAUGGUCAGCCCCAUGCAGCAGGUACAGGUCCCUCAGCUCACACCGCAGCAGAACAAAAUUGGCUUUGCAGCGCAGCCCUACGGCCAGUAUGCCCAGUGGUACGGUAACGCCCAGCAGAUUGGCCAAUACGUGCCGAACGGGUGGCAGGUGCCGACCUACGGAGUCUACGGACAGGCCUGGAACCAGCAGGGCUUCAAUCAUUUACAGGCGGGUGCAGGGUGGACGGGCGUUGGAGCGGUCAGUAAUGGCGGCGUGGUGGAGCCUGGACAGGGAGUCAACGGGGCGGUGCUGGCCAACCAGUCGGUCAUGGGCACCACUGGCUACCACACCCACUGAUCAAUGCCGGCCCGGCAGCCCAGUGUCGGCCUCCUACCCUCCCACCACCACCACAGGGAUCCUACACACGGGGCAGACAUGUUCCCCGUCUUUUACAACACGAUUUAAGAACUCUAUGGCGGGGAGUGGGGAUGCGUGAUUCCACCUCUUCCUGUCCAGUUCCCCCAAUCCUGGUUUUUACAUGUAAGUUUAAAGGAGGAGGAGAUGAGGCUUGUGUGUCAUCCAUCGGAGGUCGGAGCGUUUCCCAGUCCUGGGAUAUAAGAUACAUGCAUAUAGAUAUAUGCACACAAACACACACCCAUGUCCACACAGACACACACAUACUCUACGAAGGUCUUUGGCCCCGUGUCAGAUCGAUUGACUCAAGAAUCAGAAAGGACUAUGCCAUUUUUAAUUCAAAAGUACUAUUAAAUAAAUACACCAUAAACGAGAAAAAGCGACUUCUUUUGGAUGAGCUUUUUCUUGUUGGUUUGUUUAAGAACAAUUUCAACUGCUGAUAUCGUUUAAGAAACGAAGCUUUGCCUGUUUUUGUUUCGGGACUGUCAUUUUAAAGAAAUGUUUAUAGCAAGGACACCAUGGAAUCAUGUGAAAUGUAAGAACCUUUUUUUUUGUUUUUUUUGUUGAUCAAAUGGAUGUCAACUGUGGAAUUUUUUAAAAAUACGAUUUUCAAUCUCAACUAAAAUCCAAUUGCAGGGAUUACUGCCACUUCUUUCUUUACGAGGCAGACAUAUUGCACAAUACUAUUACUCUUAGUUACCUUUUCACACAAUUUGAUGUUACCAAAAUUCUAGGUAUUUUGAAUUGUUUUGCAUUCCACUUUAUUUUUCCUUUUGAAAAGUUUAUUUUAGGAGGGCUUACAUGCUGUUUUGUAUGUAAAUAACAGUCUGUUAAACUGUUCUGACAAGAUUUAGAGGGGGGAAAAACCUCAUGUUAAUUAUGGAAGCGUGCUUGUUUUUUUUGACUGGCGGCCCGGGGGUAAGGGCUCAUUAACAGUAGACGUGGGAAUAUUAGCGUCACUGUCUGAUGCUGGUUCAGGACAAUGUAAGGACAGUACAUUUGAUUCUUCCAGGGGCCUGUGAGGAGAGAACAGCAUUGCAAAAUGAGCUAGACCGAAAAGUAAUGUAGACUUUAAAGUUAUUCUGUGUAUAAAACCUAAAUAUUGAACUUUUUUUUAUGAUAAAGUAGUAAAUGGUUAUUAAAAAAAUUCCAAACUUGAACGGAUCAGAUUUUGAACUGGUUCCCUCUAUGGAGUUGAUUUAAUAAUAAUACCGUUGGUCGAGACCCCUUGUUUUGCCUUAUUUUGAGUUCAUUUCAUUUGAACCAACCUAUUAUCAUAAAUGUCUCAUAAGGUCCGAUUUAUUUUCCGCCCUUGUGUUUUGAGGCGGUGUUUAUGUUGAUGCUACAACGUGUUCUUGCUUUGUCCCAUUAAAAUGCUGAUGCGUAUGAACACUGCUUGUGGGAACAUUUCUCUCUCCACUGUUCUUGCUUUGUCCCAUUAAAAUGCUGAUGCGUAUGAACACUGCUUGUGGGAACAUUUCUCUCUCCACUGUUCUUGUUUUGUCCCAUUAAAAUGCUGAUGCGUAUGA